CAUAUGUUUCACGACGCGGUGGAAUCAAGUCCCGACAACACUUCAAACAUGGCGGGCAAAUGUGUCGGGUGCCUGGGUGGUCUUCUUGUGUUCGUCGCCUUGAUUGCAGGGGGCGUUGCCAAAAUAAAUUGUAAACCUCCAUAUUUUAUGCCUGACAAAGUCCACAUAAAGAUGACCUGCACCCACGACCACGGUUCUGAUUCUGCCUGUCAACUGUAUAUUACACAAAGCAAAACGAUGGCUACGACUAAUGUAUUUGCACCUAUGGACUACAUCAUUGACAACCAGUGCACUGCCACUGUCGUUGCGAGCCAAUUGCCUGCGGGCAAAAGUUUCUUUGAGAUGGGAGUGGUUUCUUUCACUUCACUGUCCCCAGAGGAGAAAAGUGUUCUCUCAGACCCCAUAAAUAUAGAAAAACCCACGACGACAACGACAACAACAACAACA